AUGUUUCGUGUUCAAUGCUUCUUCUGCUGUCUUAUCUCGCCCAUCGACUGCCAUCUCACCCUCUUAGCUACAGUCAACGGAAUGGAUUUCUUCAACUCAGGGACAGAACCAGAGACCAAGCAGGCAGAAGCAAGCACCCCGAGUAAUCAGCCUAGUGAUCGGGCGCCAACUCCAAGCAGUGGAGCUCAAAGUAUCGAGCAUGUACAAGAUGGAGUACCAUUUUGCGGAGGAAUACCCACCGUGACGGCGCUGACUCCUGUUUAUUCGGAAGUCCUGGGCCAGUAUGUCCUCGAAUAUGGGUCUCAUUUUGGUGAAGACAUGACGGAUGCGGUAUGGGUGGAUUGGGCACAAGCGAACAUGGGACAGGACUGGUCUGAUCAUGUUGCGAAAUGGGAAACACACUCGCGAGUGCAGGAAGAAAUGGAGAUGGCAAGGAAAGAAAACGAGAUAAAGGCGAAGGAGGCAUAUAAGAGAGAAAUCAUGAAACAAUGGAUGGAGAAGGAGGAAGUAAAAUGGAAGGCACAAGAGGAUGAGUUGCGUGGGCAGAAUAAAAUGCUGGAGGCAAAGGCGGAGGAGGAGUUGAAGAAACUACAGCUGAAGCGACCCUCGACGGAAGUGUAUUCCCACAUUGCUAACGGAAAGAAGAAGAAGAAGGGACAUCAUCCUUAUUAA